AUGUAUGAAUGGGUUGCUGGUGAUUCUCCUUCUCGCUUUUUCAGGUCGUCAACCACAUGGGAAAUGCUCAGGCCUAGGCAGGAGGAGGUCGACUGGUGCGAUGUGGUUUGGUUCAAGGGAGCAAUCCCCAAGCACUCAUUUACGAUGUGGAUGGCAAACUACGACAUGCUCCCAACGAGAAGCAGACUUGCUACAUGGGGAAUGAUCGUUGCUACUGAUUUUCCUUUCUGCUCUAGGGAUGUAGAAACUAGAGACCAUCUCUUCUUGAACUGUGAAUACAGUCAUGAUAUUUGGAGUGAAGUCUUCAUCAGAUGUCAUCCGCCUAUGUCGAGCUUCACGGACUGGUCCGAACUCUUGUCUUGGAUCCGCGCAGCCGCAACACCCGAGCUGAAGCUUCUACGAAAACUAGCCACACGAGUAGUGAUCUUCCACCUGUGGAAGCAACGAAACAACCUCAUCCAUAAUCACAUCUCUCUGUAUGUUGCUUCGAUCUUCCACUGCAUUGACAAAGAGCUGAGAAAUAUCAUAUCUGCUAGGAAAGGGAGGAAACAAUUCAGAUCACUCAUGUCCAUGUGGCUGAUAUGA